AUGCGUUUUAUUCCAGUCCUUGCGACUGCCUUCCUGGCCAUUACAUCGGUCACAGGCGCGUCGCCUACCGCCGCGGCGUCCACUGCUGCUGCCGCCGAGACCACCAGUGUUGCUGCCGCCGACGCGGUCCAAAAUGCCGCCGAGUCUUUGGUCAAUGCGGCUACUACAGCUGCUGUAACAACGGCAGAGGCGGCUGCAACAACUGCAGCGGCCGCUGCUACUAGUGCUGCCGCGUCGAAGGAGGAGUCUACCGAGGAGACUGCUGAUACAAGUGCCGCAGCGGCUGUUUCUGCUGCAACAAGCGCUGCUGCCAGUGUCGUUGAUUCCAACACCGCAGCUGCUUCCACCAGUUCUGCUGCUGCUGCUGCCACCACCAGUGCCUCCACUGCCGACUCUGACAGCACUGAGAGCACCACUACCUCUAGUGCCUCGUCCUCAACAAGCUCAAGCAGCAGCAGCCUUCUGACCGCCCUUACCAGUCUGCUUUCUGGCUCGGGUAUUAGCUCCAUUGGCACUGACCUGAGUGAUUUAUUGUCUGGCGUUGAGGGUCUGUUGCAGCCUGAUUUCUUGAAUGAGGUUGUUUUGACCUUCAAGUACUUGUCCACUGGCUUGGCUCCCCCCGUGGACACCAACAUCCAGACUCUGCUCUCUACCGACAAUGUUAAUGGUAUUGUCAGCCUUAUUACCAAUGCCAACACCUUGCUGUCAACCAAGAAUACCGCGGUUCUGAGCAACAUUCUGUCCAAGGCUGAUACAUUGCUGUCUGAUGACAACUUGGCUGGUAUUGAGAAGCUGCUUAACAACAUUGACAAGGUCAACGACCUCAUUGACAAUGCUGACGACUUGCUUACUGCCACCAACGUCAAGUCGAUUGAGAACUUGGUUACCAACGCCAAUGAUCUGUUGACUACCGAUGUAACCUCCGCCCUGAAGACCAUCCUGACCGAUGUUGUGGAUCUGUUGCCCAGCCUGGAGAGCUUCCUCACCAACGAUACUUUCACCGAGCUGGGAAGCCUGCUCAAGAACGGAAACUCUCUUCUGACCACCACCUUCGUCACCGAGACCCAGAACUUGAUCAAGAGCGCCACUGCUCUCUUGACCACUUCCGUGACCAACGCUCUCCAGGAGAUUCUCGCUGCUGUUGUGCCUUUACUGCCCCAACUCAAGAGUUUCCUCACUGCCUCCACUUUCACCGCAUUGGAAAGCCUCCUCAAGAACGGCAACUCCUUGCUCUCCGACUCGUUCGUCACCGAGACCAAGAGCCUGGUUGCCUCUGCCUCCGCCCUGCUCACCACCUCUGUCAGCAACUCUCUCAAGGAGAUUCUCACUGCCGUUGUGCCUUUGCUGCCGGAGAUCAAGAACCUGCUCACCAACGACACUAUCUCGGAUAUUCAGACUUUGCUCACCAACGGAAACGAUCUUCUAUCCGACUCGUUUGUCACCGAGACCAAGAGCUUGGUUGCCUCUGCCUCCAGCCUCCUCACAACUGCUGUCAGCAACUCUCUCAAGGAGAUCCUUGCUGCUGUUGUGCCUCUAUUGCCCGAGAUCAAGGACCUUCUUACAAAGGACACUAUUACGGAUAUCCAGACUCUGCUCACCAACGGAAACUCCUUGCUUACUACCGGCUUUGUUACCGAGACCAAGAGCCUUGUGGCUGGUGCUUCGGAGCUCUUGACUACAUCUGUCAGCAACUCCCUCAAGGAAAUUCUUACCGCAGUGGUGCCGUUGUUGCCGGAGAUCAAGAACCUCCUCACCAACGAGACUAUCUCGGAUAUCCAGACUCUACUGACCAACGGCAACGAUCUUCUGUCCGAUUCUUUCGUCACCGAAACCAAGAGCCUGGUUGCUUCCGCUUCUGGCCUCUUGACCACAUCGGUCUCGAAUGCUCUGAAGGAGAUCCUGUCCUACGUCGUCCCCUUGCUCCCCGAGCUCAAGAGCUUCCUGACCAAGGAGACUCUCACCGAGCUCGAGGAUCUACUGACCAACGGCAACGCCCUCCUCACCAGCUCUUUCGUCAACCAAACACAGAGCCUGAUCACCAACGCCGACGAUCUUCUCACCCCAUCCCUGGUAUCCGGUCUCAAGAGCAUCCUCAGCGAGGUAACGCCACUCCUCCCCGAGGUCGAGAAGCUCCUGACCAAGGACACCAUCGAAAUGAUCGCCUCACUCCUGACGAACGCCAACGACCUCCUCUCCGCAACCUUUGUCAACGAGACCGAGUCUUUGAUCUCUGGCGCCCACGACCUCCUGACCCCCUACGUGGUCGGUGGUCUCAGCGAACUGCUCAACGGUCUCGUCCCCGUCGUGCCCAACAUCACCACGGACUUCCUCAACGCCACGACCCUCAAGAACCUGACUUACCUCCUGGGCAACGGUACCGUACUGCUGGAUACCGCCUUCGUCUCCGACACCAAGAGUCUCAUCGACGAAGCGGGCGAUCUUCUUACGCCUACGACCGUCAAGUCCCUCACUGGCCUUGUCAGCAGUCUCGAGAGCUCUAUGCCCGAGAUCGAAUCCCUGCUCCAGCCUGCUACCAUCAAGGAAUUGCAUACCCUUCUGACCAACGCUGGUGACCUGCUCACCUCCAAGUUCGUGAAUGAGACAGCCACUAUUAUCGAUGAUGUCUCGAGCUUGUUGCCGUUGGUUGAGGGCAUCUUGAAUUCACUUUAA